AUGUCUGGUGAUCAAUCGAGCGGAGAUAAUGUUACUACAUCAGGUCGAGGAAGACAUCGACGUCGACUUGUUCGAAUUGGUGGCAACAGAGUUACAGAGAGUCAAGAAUCCCCUCACAACACAACCUCAUCCCCCUCGUCUGUCAAUUCGGUGCUGCCACCCAUCAUGUCACCUCCACAACAUUAUCGCGAGAUGUGGGUACCAGGUUCAUCAUCGCCCCUCUUCCCGAUGGUCCCGAACACUACUCACUUGCCCAAUACCCCACCUGCCCCUACAUCGAACAUCCCUAUGAUGGACACGCAAGCUGCCGGACCAUCAUCGUCCCAGCAAAUUCCGUCGACCAAUGCGGAGGCCAACAAAACUUGGAUACGACCAUAUUCAAACUCAGCAUUCGAGCCUUAUGACGUUCACAGGAAGAUGACUUCAAUCAUUAAGUCCAAGUUCGAGCAUGUCGCUUAUACAUGGAAAAGUGUUCCUAAGUCAGCCAAGGACUUUUAUUUUCAGCAGUUCGAGAAUCAAUUUAGGUGGGACCCCACCGAUGAUGAUGCAGUAAAAAAAUUAUGGAAUAAGAAGAAUGGAGAGAUAUUGCGGAAAAUUAUGCAAAGGGUUCGAAAAAAGGAAGAUGAUGGCGAAUGGAUUCAAGAGGAAGCCAAAGCUGCGCUUGAAAAGCUUUGGAUGGAACCGGAUUAUGUGAGGAAAAGGGAGAAGGCAAAGAUAAACCGAGCAUCCGAGACUGGCGGCUGCACUAAUACUGGUGGCUCUAUUCCACACUCGGAACAUAAGAAGAGAUUGGAAAAAGAAUUGGGUCGGCCUCCAACUAAGGCUGAGCUUUUUCGUCAUUGCCAUAUCAAAAAGGCUACCCAAGAAUUCGUUGAACGCCGAGCAGCCACUACAUAUGAUGAUUACAACAAGCUAAAGGAAGCCCGUUCCAGUCAAGCAUCGACCUCCGGUGAGUCACCUCUUGAGCCGCAGGAUGAUGAUUCCAUAUUCAUGGAGGCGACUAAGUAUGUCAAUAAGAAAGGUCGUAUCUACGGUCUUGGAUCAGAGGCGUCACAUGUGCGCUUUUCAUCCUCCUAUAGCAGACCAACUAGAUCGCGUCCUGAUUAUUUGCAGCAGGAGAUUGAGGAGCGUGUGGCUCGAAUGAGCUCCGAGUUACAUGAUCAGUUUUCAUCACAAAGCACUACGAUUAGUACAUUACAGGAGGAGCUGCAGUUCUAUAAGCAAUCCUCGGAGACACAAAGCGAAAAGAUGAAGCGACAAAACCGGAGGUUAGAGAAACAGAAUCGGAUGAUUCAGAAACAAAAUCAAAUGAUGCAGGGACUCUUUGCUCGGCUUGGGAUGCAACCACCUAGUGAUGACAUUGACGAUAAUAGCGAGGAUGGUGGACACACUUCCGAUGAGGAGUAG